AUGCAUGUAUCUGGUUCCUCCCCAGCUCCAGCCGAGCAUGCCAGUGAAGGUUCUGUCAGACCCGUCGACAUCCCGUUCGAUUCCCAGUCCAGUCCUUAUGCCUUGGUUGAUGAGAAAGCUUCCCAGAUCGUCGAGGCGGAAAAUCAGAAGCUGGAUGACCUGAUAGGCAGGUUCACCAAGGGUUUCGAUCCCGCUGCCUUCAGCACCGUCAUCACGGCUUCCAUUCCCAAGCUCAUUAAAGACCUCUUCCCCGGCUCUUAUGCACAUCUCUUGCUUAUCCUGUUUGAGACAUUUGAGGCGGUUCAAACUAUCCAGCUGGGCCUCGAGACUUGGUUUAAACGCCGCUACAGUGGCAAUCCGAUCUUCUUUCCAAGCGAGACCAACAUCACCGAUGAAACUUUCUUUGCGGCGGAAAUUGAGACCCUUAGGAAGCUGCUGGAGCCCAUCCGUGAAGGGAAAAAGAGCUCGAUCUUCUGGGUGAAUACUCGACGUACAGAUCCCUCUCGGACUUGCGAACAGCUGGAAGCUUCUGUCAGGGUGAUCGAGUCGUUCAAGGAGGACGUCUGUGCGGCCCUGAUUUCAGGAAAUGAGAACAGAACCAUCUACAGCCCACUUCCAGUCUCGGUCGAAAGGACGGCAAUGUACAGUAUGAAGCAGCUUCGCAUGGACGCAUGCAGGGCUACCUUGCACUGGGACAACUUUAAUGGCAGCGAAAUUGAGUUCACUUCGUUCUACCGCUUUUAUAAAGCGCAUAUUUCGACAACCGAGCCCUCCCGCGCCAGGGCGUCCGGCUGGCUGCCACCUAUGUCACCCGGAACUCCUCGCUUAUCUGCCAGAGAAGCUAGCGAGGGUGAUUUGGCGAACUGGAUCUCCCAUGGCAUUGGCGACGACAUCGUUGACCUCCUGCUCAAGACCGCCCUGUGGCUCAGCCUGGCAAGAGGACUGGCAGCUGUUCACCUGUUCUGUGAUGUUGCUAGGCUGUUUGUCCUGCACCCGCCUCCAAUGAUAAUCUCAAAGGAAUAUCGUCGCUUCCUGUUGCAUCUCAUUCGUCUUCGCGCUACCACCGGGGGAGCCCAAUUCUCACCGUCCCCUAUCGUCCCUCGAGAUAACAAGGUCUUCCCCGGUCGUAACACCGAUUACUUCGAGGAUAUCUGGAGAACGAGCCAUCAACUUUCCGCGGGUCUCUGUGAUGAGAUCUCUCUGUUUGUCAAGCACAAUAUCCCCAACUUCAAACUGUCGAAAGCCCCCCCUGUCCGCCGCCGUUCCGGCCAUGGAGACAUGCAUUUAAUCACACAGGGUCAUAUUCGUGGAAGCUUCGCCAGUAAUGCGUGCGGUUCGGAUGAGGAAUCUGGGGGAAAUAACACAACCGACGAGUACGACUUCCUUGAUUUCUCAUCCGAGAACUCCUCCAUUUUCCGGAGCAAGACAGUUUAA